AUGAGCUUUGGCUGGUCGGCUACCGACGUUGUCCAACUGAUUGUGAUAUGCCACUCUGUUGUUGCGAAUUGUCGGAUUGGCCCCUCAAGUGCUGUCUUUCACCUCCAUGCGCUGAAAGUCGAAGUUCAAGGCUUCGAGUCGCUGCUGACGCAACUGCACGACGUCGUCAAAAAUGGAGAAGGCACCCCUUUUCUUGACCUUGAGACUAUCGAGCAGACCCUUAAGGAAUGCAAGGACCAUUUACAGAAGUAUAAUGCCAUUCAGCAUAUGCAUAAUUCAGGGCAGAAGAACGGCCAGCAGUCACAGAUCAGUCGCUCAAAAGACAUCUUUCUUAAAACAAAGAAUGCUGCGAAACUGGGGGGAGAAAUCGUCCGACACCUUGCCUGGGGAGAGAAGGAACUGCAAGCCCUGCAAGAGAAAGUCGCUCACCACAAACAGACCCUGCAGCUGUAUUUUACAAUUCUACAAAGGGAUAAAACGUCGCAAAUCGGCCAGCGACUACAGAGUAUGGAGCGCAUGGUGCAUGAAAUCCAUGCUGAAUCUACGUUGCAUACACGAUUAAACCCGCUUGCUCGCACUCAAUCUAUCCAAAUAUCAACUGACCACUGCGAUGAUGAACCCCACGAUCGAUACCAAACGAUGCUAGAAGCUGUGGAACGUCAGCGGGAUUUUGCACUUUUAGAACGGAGCCUCGCAGAUAAUCGUGACGACAGAGAAUGGGAUAGUAUUUGCGAUCAAUUAGACUUGUUUCACCGACGGCUCUUGAACUCGAUAGAACGGAAAGCCAGCUCUUAUGCGCAGCAAAGGGAAACUCAUUCUCAUUUGCCUAUUCAACUUAACAAGGCAUUACUAUCGCACACCGCCGGUCACUUUCCCUUUUCCAAUGACCCAUCGAACUCGAAGUCAGCCUAUGAUGGCUUCGAUGCGCCAACGAGUCGAUUCCAUGAAGUUUCCCAUUCUGAGCCGAGAGCCGAGUCUACGGCUUCCGCAAUUACUGAUCUUGACUCGCCAGUACCAUCUAUCUUUUCUUUCCGAAAGCGGUCAUCAACGUGCAGUAUGGUGGCAGCUACCGAGUCCGUAGAUCCGUUAUCUUCAAGCCCCUUGUUCACGGAAGACUCUUAUGAUUUUCGAUCUCACCUGAGAAAUUCUGAUAACACACCCGACUAUCUGUCGCUCGCUCCCGCUACUGCGUAUGAGCGUCGUGAUACCCUCUCCUCGAACGGCUCUGUCGCCAAUCAUUCUACGUGGAAACGGCUAGCGAUGCGUGGGAGGAUUCAAAUUGCUUGGGAUACUCAUCCUACCCCCGUCCCUUGCUAUCUUGAAGCUGGGUAUCGCAGCGACGGUCGGUUGUAUGCAAUCAAGGCCGUUGAUAUGAUGGAUUCUCGAGCGCUAUUGCCCAUACUUAGGUUAUCUUCAACGGAAAAACGACCGAUUCCGCAUUCCGAACCGUUUGAUAACUAUGAUGAGGGGUAUGAUGCGGGCAGAAUAUUUUUCAUAACACCGCCCAUCACAAAAAACGGGAACUCACCACAAUACGUCAUUGAAAAGCGGGAUGACCAUCUCGAAAUUCAGAGCUUAAUAUACGGGAAACGGCUGCUUCUUUCGAUUCCCAUUGUGAAGCUUUCAAGCGCCCACGGGAAAGAGUCCGAUAGGCAAUAUCUACGUCUCUGGAAUUCUUCUGGUGAAGGAGACACUGGAAAAUCACUGCUCUAUUUUGCGCCUUUUCGAAAACACCCUCGGUACAUUGAGAUACACGAAAAGGACAUUAAUCCCGGGUUUAAGAGAACCUCACGCAGUGUGCUUGAACUUCGACUGUCGAACUCGUUGCAGUAUCUGAAGCUUGGGUUUGCUGCCCCGAGUGAUAACUAUCGGUUGAUCUCGUAUAUUGGGAACAAGUCAGGCUAA